AUGAACAUAACAGUCUAUAAUGUUGAAACCUUUGUGAAAUUAAUUUUUCUCCUUGUACGCAGUUUAUUACUGUACGGGGGCUUUCUUUUUUCUGCUCGAUUCCAUCGCUAUCUAUUAGUUGUCUAUCUAUCUAUCUAUCUAUCUAUCUAUCUAUCUAUCUAUGUUGGUCUGUCUCUUUGUUUGCCAAUCUAUCUCAGUCUUUUCAUUAUAUAUCGAGAUCGCUAUCUAUUAGUUGUCCAUCUAUCUAUCUAUCUAUCUAUCUAUCUAUCUAUCUAUCUAUCUAUCUAUCUAUCUAUCUAUCUAUCUCUUUUCAUUAUCUAUCUAUCUAUCUAUCUAUCUAUCUAUCUAUCUAUCUAUCUGUUGGUCUGUCUCUCUGUCUGCCUAUCUAUCUCAUUGCCUAUCUAUCUAUCUAUCUAUCUAUCUAUCUAUCUAUCUAUCUAUCUGAUUAUAAAUCUAUCUAUCCCUGUAUGUAUUCGUGUAUCGAUCCAUGUAUGUAUACAUAUUUCUAAUUAUCUGUUGGUCUGUCUCUUUUCAUUAUCUAUCUAUCUAUCUAUCUAUCUACAUAUACAAGCAUCUAUCUAUGUCUACCUCUCUCUUUUCUUAUCUAUCUCAGUCUAUUUCUUUCUAUCUGUUUAUCUAUCUCACUUACUCUUUUUCCUAUCUUCCUUUGAGGAGUAA